GGGGCCGGGGCCUGGCUGCGGGGGCGGGAUCUGGCUGCGCGAGCGGGCGCGCCGGCGCGGGCGGUCGGCGGGGCGAUGCGGCGGCGUGGCGAGCGGGGCGGUGGCGACGGCGACAGCGGCCGAACGGGGGGCCGGGUCCGCCCGGCCCGGCAGCAGCGGAGCUGGCUGUCCUGGUGUCCCCGGCUGCGUACCCUCCUCCUGGACCUGCUCCUCAUCUACCUCUCCGUGCCCUUCCUCAUCCGCCUCUUCCCCGUCCUGCUCACCAAAUUCGUCUUCCUGAACUUCUUGUCAUUCCCGUACUUCGUGGACCUUCGUCGGCCGGAGCUGCUGCUGAACAACACCGUCAGCCUGUACCUUGACACCGAGCCGGGCGUCACCGUCGGCAUCUGGCACACGGUGCCGGGCAGCAGAGGGGCCGAGGCGCAGGGCAAGGACCAGCGCUGGUAUGAGGAGGCACUUGGCGAUGCUCAUCCUGUGAUCAUCUACCUGCACGGCAACGGGGGGAGCAGGGCUGCCAGCCACCGCAUCCAGUUCCUGAAGACCAUGGGGGCUGCUGACUUCCACGUCCUGGCUCUUGACUACAGAGGCUAUGGGGACUCCAGCGGACACCCCACGGAGAGCGGCUUCACCACGGACGUCCUGGCGCUCUACGACUGGGCCAAAGCGCGGAGCGGGAACAGCAGCAUCCUCUUCUGGGGACACUCCCUGGGGACGGGGAUUGCCACCAAUGCGGCAAGAAAACUGCAGGAGGAGCGAGGGGUCCAGGUUGAUGCCGUGGUCCUGGAGUCGCCCUACACCAACAUCCGUGAUGCGGCCGCCAACAUCCCCCUCACCAAGAUCUACCGCCAGUUCCCAGGUUUCGAGUAUCUCAUCUUGGACUCGCUAGCCCUGGGCAACAUGUUCUUCCGCAGCGAUGAGAACGUGAAGGUGCUGGCCUGCCCGCUCCUCAUCCUGCACGCCGAAGAUGAUGCUGUGCUGCCUCCGCACCUGGGCCACAAGCUCUUCGAGGUGGCACACAGCGCCUACAAGGACAAAACCAAGGUGAAGUUCAUUAACUUCCCCAAAAAGCUGGGCCUGGGCCAUGACUACAUCUCGUUCAACCCGGAGCUGCCCACCCUGGUGAAAGACUUCUUAAACAUGAAGUGAUGGCGGCUGCUGCAGGCAGCGACCACGAGCACUCCCUCAACCCCACACCCGGAACCCCUCAUGGCACUGAAUUUACUGCUAUAGGUAAUAAAAACUACUGAGAAACUUUCUAA